UAUAUUGUAUGAUUAAUAAUUUAUUUCAGCGAAAUUUUGUUACUUAUUUACGGGUUAAGGCAUCAAUAAUGCAAAAUUUGGAAAUGCUUAAAAUAUCAAAUGAAGAAACUUUGGGUUUUAUAAUAGAUGAAAAACUAGAUAUGAAUUUAAAUAAAAAAAUACCUGUGUUUAAUAAGUUAAUACAAAAUCCAUUAAAUACUGGUGGGAAGAUUCAACUAAAAACUGCAAAAGGAACACGCGAUUAUGAUCCAUUUCAAAUGUCAAUUAGGAAAAAGGUGCUGAAUGUAGUUGCAUCUUGCUUUGAAAGAUAUGGAGCAGAGUCUAUUGACACUCCUAUAUUUGAAUUACGAGAAACUUUAACUGGGAAAUAUGGGGAAGAUGGGGGGAAAUUAAUAUAUAAUUUGGAAGAUCAGGGUGGAGAACUAUUAUCUUUAAGAUAUGAUUUAACAGUUCCUUUUGCUAGGUUUAUUGCCAUGAAUGCAAAACAUUUAAAGACUGGUUCUGGAUUUUUUAAAAGGUAUCAUAUAGGAAAGGUUUACAGGAGAGAUAAUCCUUCCUUCACCAAAGGGAGACUCAGAGAGUUUUACCAAUGUGAUUUUGAUAUUGCUUGCCUCAAUGUUCAGGAAAUUUCAAAAUCAGCUGUUAAAUCCCCCAUAGCUGCUGACAGCACCCUACCAGAAGUUGAAUGCUUAAGGCUUGUCUAUGAGUUAUGUAAGGAUUUGGGAUUGUUUGGUUUGCCUGAAGAUUUGGCUCAAAGCUCCAUUAAUGAUCUUCAAACUGGUGCCAAAUUGAUUAUAAAAGUUAACCAUCGACAAUUGCUGGAAAACUUGCUCAGGCUGGCUUGUGACCUACCUGCUCAUAAGUUUCAAACAACUUGUAGUUCAAUUGACAAGCUAGAUAAAUCACCAUGGGAAGAAAUUAGGAAAGAACUUAUAGAGAUUAAGGAGAUAGAUCCAGCCAUAGUUGAUAAAAUGAAACAUUAUUUGGAGAUGAAAGGAAGGGAAGAAUUAGUGGAACAGCUCUUUUUAGUGCCACAACUUAACUGUUGCCAAUCCAGUCAAAGAGCCUUACAAGAACUUGACCAGCUCAUGAAAUAUUGUCAACUCUAUGAUAUAUCCUCUCAUGUAAUCAUAGAUCUUAGUCUUGCUAGGGGAUUAGAUUAUUAUACGGGACUCAUCUUCGAGGCUGUUCUAUCUGGGUCGAAUAGCGUUGGUGAGGUUGGGAGCAUAGCAGGAGGUGGAAGAUAUGACGACUUAGUAGGGCUUUUGGAUUCUAAACACAAGAAAGUGCCUUGCAUUGGGUUUAGCUUGGGACUGGAACGUAUUUUUGCUAUAUUAGAGCGAACUAUCAAAGAUCAAAAAUUGAAGAUCCGAACAAAAGCCACUGAUGUAUAUGUCAUGUCAGCUCAGAAAAAUUUACUGCCGGAAAGAGUCAAAUUAUGCAUAGAACUUUGGAAUGCUGGCAUCAACGCUGAACAUCCAAUGAAAGAAAAUUCCAAGAUCCUGUCACAAUUCCAGUUUUGCGAAGAUUACAAUAUUCCUCUGGCCGUCAUUAUUGGAGAGACCGAGCUUAAAGAAGGAAUCGUGACGCUUAGGGAUAUCUUGUCUAGAACGGAAAUAAGUGUUCCCCGAUAUAAAAUGAUUGACGAAAUUAAAAUCCGGUUAAAUCUCCCUUCCAAUUACCGUAAACCAGUUUUGAAGUUUUAACAAGAUUACACAAGAUUCAAUCAUUGAAGCUUAAUUACUAUUAUUAUACAAAUAAAU